AUGGGCCCUUUAGCUUUCUUGAACCAGCUGUACGACCAUGAUACCCUCGACACCCGCUUCACCACGCCCGCUGCUACUCCCUACCAGACCGUCAUCGAAUCGCGAUUAGACCCCAGUAUAAAGAAAGAAUCUCUCGCCAAAGAGCGAAGCAAAGCACAACCGUCGAAAUGGAAUACUCCAGAGUUCUACUUGUACUAUGCAGUCAUUGGCAUGGCAAUUCCAGCUAUGUUCUGGAUCACAUACGAUGUCUCGCGAGAAACUGAUCCUCGAUACCCCAAAUUCAAGAGAUGGCUGUCCCCUGGCUGGAUUCCCGGGCGCCAAAUCGAUGUCUCCGAUGCGCAAUACGGUGUCUUCCGCGAAAACAUGCCUUAUAUGGGUUCUCUUUUACUUUUCCACCCCCUGCUGAGGAAACUCUGGAACAAGUACAAGCCAUUGCCUGAGAGAAGCCAGGGAGGACGUAACCGACUAGAUCAGCGAGCAUCCUUCGAUUUCCUCUUUGCAUUCAUAUUCUUGUUCGCCCUCCACGGCUUUUCGGCGUUCAAGAUCUUUUUUAUUCUUUGGACGAAUUACCAGCUGGCGACCAAGCUCCCACGACGAUACGUUCCGGCCGCUACUUGGAUCUUCAACAUCUCAAUUCUGUUUGCCAACGAAUUAACAGAGGGAUGGCGGUUCCGAGUUCUGUUCAGCUACAUUUCGCCCCCCGUCAUGGGCUUGUAUAAGAACAAAAUGAGACUGCUCAACUCGGAUCUGAUGAAUCUCGGAGCGAGAAUAGACGGCACGUUCGAAGGAAUCUUGGCCCGGUGGGAGGUACUCUUCAAUAUUACCAUUCUUCGUCUUGUCAGCUUUAACUUGGACUAUUACUGGAGUGUUGAUCGCGGCAACUCUAAUGCGCUCGAGAAGAAGCAACUGGAUCCAGCAAACCUCUCAGAAAGAGAUCGUGUAAGCAUCUCAGCAGAACCUCGAGACUUUAGUUUCCGCAACUACGUCGCAUACGCUAUCUAUGCGCCUCUUUACUUGACGGGACCUAUCAUCACCUUCAACGAUUACAUUUCACAGUCCAAGUAUCGAUCUUCCAGCAUCGAGACGAACCGCACUAUUCGAUAUGGUAUCCGCUUCCUCCUGGUGCUGUUGUCUAUGGAGAUAGUCCUUCACUUCGACUGGGUUGGUGCGAUCAGCAAGGGAAAACCUGAUUGGGGCUCUUACACAGCAGCACAGCUGUCCGUGCUGUCAUUUAUGAACCUCCAUAUCAUCUGGCUCAAGCUCCUGAUCCCCUGGCGAAUGUUCCGACUUUGGUCUCUUGUUGACGGAAUGGACCCGCCGGAGAACAUGGUUCGUUGUGUCAGCAACAACUACAGCACACAGCUCUUCUGGCGAGGAUGGCAUCGCUCGUAUAAUCGCUGGCUGAUUAGAUACAUUUACAUUCCCCUGGGCGGCUCAUCGUUCCGCAACUGGCGCACAACAGCGCGGUCCAUCAUGACGUUCCUGAUGGUCUUCACCUUUGUGGCACUGUGGCACGACAUCCAGCUCCGUCUGCUGAUCUGGGGCUGGUUGAUUGUGUUGUUCAUGGUGCCAGAAUGGAUGGCUGCCGCCCUAUUCCCCAAGAGCAAAUGGGAGAACCAACCAACGGCGUAUCGUAUGCUCUGCUGCCUGGGAAGCGUGGGCAACGUCCUCAUGAUGAUUUCUGCCAACCUGGUCGGUUUUGCUGUCGGUUUGGACGGACUGCAGACCAUUAUCCAGAGCAUAUUGCAUGAUUGGUCAGGCUUUAUUUUCAUGGUCACAGCCUGCUCUUGUCUGUUUGUAGGCAUUCAGGUCAUGUUCGAGAUUCGUGAAUCAGAGAAACGACGUGGGAUUUUGGUCAAAUGUUAG